AUGGCAUCCCGCCACCCUCCUCUAGUGACAAACCCGUUUCCUCCCGACGAUUUAUCAUCAGUUCAAACUAUGGUGAGUAGACUAUGCCAAGAAAUCAGAUUCGCUACCAGAAUCAAAAACUGCAAGAAGAAGAGCGGUAACAAUAACAACAUCAUCAUUUUCACCUGUAUCAUGGAUAAUCCUCCCGAAGGAUACGAAGGCUGCGUUGUUUCCUGUGUAUUGAGGACCUCCAAGAAAAAGUACCAGACACCCGACUGCCACGACAUCGACGUACAGACCAUGACCGCUUUCUAUCAUUUGGUAGGCGAAGAUAUAAUAGUUCCUUGCGUCCUGGCUUACGACUGCACAUACGACAACUACAUCAAAUGUUCGUAUACGAUACAGAAGAUGGUCAGUGGCCAGGACUUGCCGGAACACUAUCGUAGACUCAAUGAUCAAUACAUAGAAGACAAAUUCGCAGACUGCGAGGACGGUAAAGGUUUCGCAGGGGCGAUGGCCACAAAUAUCUCGAAUAGAGAAAACGCAUUCCAGUUUGAGCACUAUGGAUUCUUUCAAGCAGGCGAUAACAUGGCACUGAAAAGCAUAAGUACCGAUAGACAUUCUGAUCGAAUUAGUCUACCAAUUAUACCAUUCACCACGGGUUUCUUGCCCAUGCAAGCAAACUUCACCGCCAUCGAAUUUAUAACCGACUUACUAGAAGCUCAAGAAACCCACCCUCGAAAUUCGCUCCAAGAGGAAAAGUACCGCAAACUCGUCGAUAUUGCCCUGUAUAUACAGGUAUCAAAGGAAGUCAAUCACCCCGCACAUAGAGCCGAGCCAUCCCUUCUCUGGCACCCCAACUAUCAACCGCGCAAAAUGAUGUUUACCAUGGAAACCCUAUAUUACAAUCCCGAAACUGGCUAUUCCGAACCCGAUGAAGAUAUACCCGCACAUUAUGAGCGAGAAGAAAUGGAGAUGUAUACCCUUUUGAACGCGGUCCUUGGUUGGGAGGGCGUUUUGGCACUUCCGAGGAUCAUGACGCGCUGUCCUCCUUAUUUCGUGUGGGAAGAGGGCGAGCUGUUAAAUGCGAGGGAUAGAGCAGAUAUUAAAUAA